AUCUCUCCCAACAUAUUACAAUCUCAGUUGUGUUGUUAAGCUCCUCGGUUGCUAUCUUUCCUCGACUACACGGUUUAGAUCCCAGGAGCUUGAAACCACAAAAAAAAAAACCCUAAUUUUCUCAUUCAAAUCACAAGAACCAACCUACGGUUCUAUUAGUCUACUCUUACUUUUCCAAUCAUCAUCAGCGAUAAUCAGCUGCAGCUAUGGCGGGACUAGCACCAGAAGGAUCUCAAUUUGAUGCGAAGCAUUUUGAUUCAAAGAUGAAUGAAUUACUAACAGCUGAUGGAGAGGAUUUCUUCACAACAUAUGAUGAAGUUUAUGAAAGUUUUGAUUCUAUGGGUUUGCAAGAGAAUCUCUUGAGAGGCAUUUAUGCAUACGGUUUUGAGAAGCCCUCAGCCAUUCAGCAGAGAGGAAUUGUUCCAUUCUGCAAGGGACUUGAUGUUAUUCAACAGGCUCAAUCUGGAACCGGAAAGACGGCAACUUUUUGUUCCGGUAUUCUCCAACAACUUGAUUAUGCUUUGGUGGAGUGUCAGGCUUUGGUCUUAGCACCUACUAGGGAGCUCGCACAGCAAAUUGAAAAGGUUAUGCGAGCACUUGGGGAUUAUCUUGGUGUCAAGGUCCAUGCUUGUGUUGGUGGAACUAGUGUUCGUGAAGAUCAGCGCAUUCUGUCAAGUGGGGUGCAUGUUGUUGUUGGCACUCCUGGUCGUGUAUUUGACAUGCUGCGAAGGCAGUCACUUCGUCCUGAUUACAUAAAAAUGUUUGUGUUGGAUGAGGCAGAUGAAAUGCUUUCACGUGGUUUCAAGGAUCAGAUCUAUGAUAUUUUCCAGCUUCUGCCAUCAAAAAUUCAAGUUGGUGUUUUCUCUGCAACUAUGCCGCCCGAGGCUCUAGAGAUCACUCGGAAGUUCAUGAACAAACCUGUUAAAAUUCUUGUGAAGCGUGAUGAGCUCACCUUGGAGGGUAUAAAGCAGUUUCAUGUCAAUGUUGAGAAGGAAGAGUGGAAGCUGGAGACAUUGUGCGACCUGUACGAGACCUUAGCUAUUACCCAAAGUGUCAUUUUUGUCAACACUCGUCGCAAGGUUGAUUGGCUGACAGACAAGAUGCGAAGUCGAGACCACACAGUCUCUGCCACUCAUGGUGACAUGGACCAGAACACAAGAGAUAUCAUCAUGCGUGAAUUUCGAUCUGGAUCAUCUCGUGUUCUCAUCACUACUGAUCUAUUGGCUCGUGGUAUUGAUGUCCAGCAAGUCUCCCUUGUUAUAAAUUAUGAUCUUCCUACUCAGCCGGAGAACUAUCUCCAUCGUAUUGGGCGUGGUGGACGGUUUGGGAGGAAAGGUGUUGCGAUCAAUUUUGUAACAAGGGAUGAUGAGAGGAUGCUGUUUGACAUCCAGAAGUUCUAUAAUGUGGUGGUUGAGGAGCUUCCAUCAAAUGUUGCAGAUCUCCUCUAAAUGAGAUUUUGUCUUUUAAUAUUAUUAGGACGUAGAAUCCAUGUUGUGCUUUUGUUUUUCCCUUUCUUAAUUUGAACUCUUGUUCCUAUAGGUGUAGGUUCUUUUAAAAGUUUGGUUGCUGACUAGUUAGUGAUAUUUAUUUAUAAUGUUCCCGCGAUGCUAUAUGGUGUUGUGGAUUUUUGUUGCGUA